UUUUUAUUAAGUAAGUAAGUAUUCUUUUUUUGUUCAUUUCUCUCGAGUCCAAAUUCAUUUCUUUCAAUCAAAACACCCUCCAAAUCUACUCCUUUUUUCUUCUUCUUUCGAAUCUCUUACGUAAAACCGUUGACUUCCAGAUUAUAUUUGGACCAUUUAUUUUUCAUCUUUUAUAAUACCAAUGUCUAAAAAAACCAAAACCACUCCCAUAAUUCUCUUAAAACAUCAUGAAUAACACCACCUUUUCCGAUCCAAAUUCCGACACCGGAGGUUUCCUCGGAUCGGGAAAAAUCGGAGGAUUCGGCUACGGAAUUGGUGUUUCAGUAGGUAUUCUUAUUUUAAUUACAACAAUAACCCUCACUUCCUAUUUUUGUACUCGAAAUCAAACAUCAGAGUUACCAACAAGAAGACAAAGAACAAUUAAUCGAAACGAGCUUUCUGAACAUUGUGUGGUUGAUAUUGGGCUCGAUGAAAAAACCCUUUUGAGUUAUCCCAAGUUGUUGUACUCUGAAGCUAAGGUCAAUCAUAAGGACUCAACAGCUAGUUGUUGUUCCAUAUGUUUAGCAGAUUACAAGAAAAAAGACAUGCUUCGAUUGUUGCCAGAUUGUGGACAUUUGUUUCACUUGAAAUGUGUGGAUCCUUGGCUCAUGUUGAAUCCAAGUUGUCCAGUUUGUAGAACAUCUCCAUUGCCAACACCACAAUCUACUCCUUUGGCUGAGGUUGUUCCUUUGGCAACUAGACCUUUGGGAUGAAUGGCAUUAGUUAGUUUCUUGCUGCUAGGGACCGUUUCCUGCGAAUCCAGAUUAAUCGAGCUUUAAAGCGGAUACCAAACAAUGACAUUAUUUUCUUGAUCUUACUGCUUUUUUUAAUUGUUCUCUGUAAACUGUAAUUAAUUGUUCUUCUACUUUGUUUUUUCUA